UAAAAUCAUCAUCCAUAAGACAUCUUUAUAAUUGGUGGUAUCUGUGUGUGUGGUGGGAUCAAGAGGAUUCCAUCUCUGUCACACAUCUGUGUACACCUCUCCACAAUUUGGUGGCAGCGGUGGGAUCAAGAGGAUUCCAUUCCUGUCAGACACAUCUGUACAAUUGGCGGCAAGCGGCGGGAUACGUAUAACAUCCCUAGUUUAGUGCCUGAGAUCGCUCACUGAAAUUUCUGAGGUAAAGGUUGUAGACAAUGGCCACCAGAAAACAGAGAAAAGGAGCAGGAGAGAUAGAGGUGUACCAAGAGGAAGAGAGUUCAGAUUCUGAACAACAGACCACCAUGUCAGAAGCAAUGAUGAAAUAUCAAUUAGAGAUGAAAAAAUUAGAAUUAGAGGCACAGAUGGAGAAGAUGAAAUUGGAGAAAGAAGCAGAGGACAAAGAGAAACAGAGACAGGCACAGAUAGAGCUGAAAAAGAUGGCGAUAGAAUGGGAAAGACAGAAGCUGACACUGUCUCAGCCUUCUGUGGUGGCACAACCAGGAACUCCUAGUGAUUUAGCCUUAAAGAGGUUUUCUAAAUACACCAAGGAGGAUGUGGAGAUGCAGCGGAUUGAGCUCGCACCACUUUUGAAAAUGCCAUUGUGCCCAGGGGAUUCUUGGUGCCUGAUUGAUUAUAAGUGGUUCAAAAAGUGGCAGAGAUAUGUGGGUUUUGAAAGCUGGGACCUGUAUUAUGCAAGAAAGCCUGAUUACUACCCAGGACCCAUUGACAACUCAAAACUUUUUGAGGAUUCAGAAACUCAAACUUUAAAAAAGUAUCGCAUGAAUGGAGUGGAUUAUGAGGUGAUUCCUAUUGAAGCCUGGAAUAAGUUAGUCAAUUGGUAUGACUGUAUAGAGGGACAGAGACCAAUUGAGAGAACGGUUGUGGAGUAUGGCAAAUAUUUCAAGUGCUGUAAAGUAGAAGUUUAUCUUUUAGAGUCGAAGCCAUCUCAAAAUAACGACUCUGUUAAUUUUGUAAGCUCACAAUUUAAACAAGCAAAAGAUUCUGCUGAAGAUGGAGGAAUCAUAAACCUCCAAGAAAAAUUAUCUGAGUCACAGCUUGAGACUCAUUGCGUGGCUGAGGUAAAUGUGUCACCAGUGGCUGAGGUCUCUAUUCAGUGCCAUAGUGACACAGGAAUAGAGCAAGCUGAAGUAAUUGGGAAUUUAGAAGUGCCAGUCAUUGAUGAAAAUGAUUUGCUUGAGCACUCUAAGGAGAUGAAUAUUGGUAUAAGGAGUCAGAAGUUAGAGGAAGAUGGCAGUUGUUCAGGACAGACUUUGCAGAUAAAGUCCAAUACUACAAAGGGCAGAAGUCUGGAUGCCUCUUCACAGUCUUCAACUGACUCUAUCUGCUCAGUAGUUACUUCUUUGGUCACCGCAAUUACAGAGCAUGGUCAGCAGGUGUGGCCAGAGGAAAAUUUACCUCAGGAAACCACCAAAUUUGAUCCAGUUGAGUUGCUGUGCACGGGAGAGCCGAAAGGACCAACAAACACACCAAAGAAGAUGGACAUUUUGAGCCUGAGGGUCAUCGCCAAUCGCAACGAAUUAAGAAGCAAGUGGAUAUUGGUUUUCAACUGAGAGAAUUCUGAGGAUUUCAAUGCGGCAGAGAUUUACAGUUUCAACUAUAAUCAGUUUGCUUUCGAUGUUCCACGAAAGUGCUUGGACUAUGUUUCACAAGAUUUCUUAAAUGACUCUUGGAAGUUUCGUAAAAGACAUUUUGGGACAGAGGGAGUUCAUUGUGUUGCUGGGAAGGAUGAGUGUAAUUGUCACUGGCAACAUGUUAACCUCUGGAAUGCUCCGCAGAGUGAAACGUCGAGGAACUGUACCAACUGGGCUGGAGUGGAAGAUUGCUAUGAGUUGGACAAAGUGUCUAAAAGAUGUUUUGGUCCAGUGUAUAAAUAAAGACUUGGGGGAUAACCCAGAAUAAAAAUUAAACUGUUAGAAAUAUGAUUUAUGAAAAAUGUAUUUUAAAAUGUCUCUUGAUUUAAGGUUGUGAAUCUUAACAACAGAAAAGAUGGUAAGAUAUGAAUAUGUUAUAUGUAUGUGCAACAUUGAAGGUUUGUAUUUAUGGUUUAUGUGUUGCAUGAUAAAAGGAUAAGAUUAUAUGUUAAAUGUAUGUUAACAUGUAUUGUUGUAUAUGUUUAGAUACAAUCCAUAUUAUUUUUGACUAUUCUGGGAUAUAGAAAAGUCAAAAAUAAUCUUUAUGGGUUGGGAGGUGUAAAGAAGUGUGAGGGGACAGCGGGGACAGCCAGGAAGCUGAGACUGGCAAGAAGACAACAUGCUGCUCAGUACACCAUGGCAUCAGACCUCUGCCACCCCAGUACCAAUUAAGAGUAUUUCUAAUGAGGAUAGGAAAAACUGGUCUAUUUUUAGGUACAGAGAGCCAAAUACUGCAAUGGUAGACUGUCAGGGGCCUUCUACAUU